AAUAACUCAUCAUCAGCCUUGCUAUAAAAGUAUCACUUGGGGUAGAUUCGCGAAAACCUUCAAUAACUACAACCUGAGCUUGAGGCUCGUCAUAACUCACAUUAGGCGUACACUGUGACAAGCACUAGAUUACCGGAUCUGACUGAAGAGUGCCCGUUCCCUGGGAUCCUAUCGGCGUUACUACCUACAUCGCCGAAUUGGGCAUUAUAACGGUGGUUUUCUUUGGAGUUUAGCAACCUGACCAUCAGACUAUACGUCACUAGUAUGUUGAAGCACUGCGCGGCUAUAGACAAAGAAGUAUUUAAACUUGUAGAUUCUCUCUUUCUUGUCUCUCCUGUAGCUACUUAUACAAGCAGGUUCUCUUCUACAGACAUCACGAUCACCAAGCUAUAUUUGCUAUAUUUCGGUUCCCAGGAGGACUUCACUUUUGCCUACAUAUUCAUUCACGAUGGCAGCUUUUCAAGUUAGCGGCUACACCAUUUUAGUUGGUGCCGGUGGCGGUAUUGGUACAGAGCUUGGUGCCACAUUCGCUGAGGCAGGCUCGAGGGGUAUUCUCUUCGCCGAUAUCAACUAUGAGGGAGCCCUCAAAGCUGCCGAGAGCAGCAAAAAGGUAGCUCUAGCUAAGGACUACAAAGCAGUGGCUGUGAAGGUGAACGUGACGGACGCCAAGUCAGUGCAAGAGAUGGUCGACGUUGCAGUCAAGGAAUUUGGCAGGAUUGACUACGUCGUCAACGCCGCCGGUGUCGACGGCCGCAAAAACGUUCCGUUUGACCAAGCGGACAUUGCCGACUUUGAUCGCGUGUUCGACAUCAACGCCAAGAGCAUAUUAUACGUCACUCAAUCCGUUGCUAAGGUCAUGAAGGCUCAAGACUCUGCCAAAAUUGAGCUAGGGCGUCACGGCGUUAGAGACCUCGGUCGCGGAUCGAUCGUCAACAUUUCUUCUAUCCUGGGAAUUAGCGCCCUGCCCAACAAGGUGGCUUACAUUACCUCCAAGCACGCCGUCGGAGGACUUACCCGAGCUUGUGCUGUUGACUACAAGGCACUCGGCAUUCGGUGUAAUCAGGUCUGCCCUUCAUGGGUUGACACCCCCAUGUCCCACGAGGAGUACAACCGAAUCCCCCAACUGCGCGGUCUCAUCGAGCAGCUACCUGCUGCCGGGCGUCUGAUUGCACCCUACGAGGUAGCAUCUGCCUGUCUAUACCUCUGCACGCCGGCCGCGUAUUAUAUCAACGGUAGCACGUUGACUUUGGAUUCGUGCGUCCUAGUUGGACCUGCCGUACCUGCUGUGGAGUAAUUAUCAUCCUGUAGGCUGUAAGAAUCAUGCGGGGCUAGGGGGAAAGAACCUAUGGCGGCGGAUAUCUGCUUUCAGAGUAGUGCUUACGCAAGUUGACAAGGAGUCUGAUCCAGUUAAUCUUUCCCAUACAUGGCAGCUUGAGCUUAGUAGGAUCGCUCGCUCUUUGGGUCUUACUAGGUACAAUAGAAUUAAACGUUAAACUUGCAAAUCGUGCAUAUGGGGCUAUGUGAACUGAAACGAGAAUGGAUGCUGGGGAGUAAAAAAUGACGAUAAAAGAAUGAUGUUUAGUUGAUCGAGGGGCCACCCUAGACCCGCUUACGUAUUUUCUUACCC